UUAAAAGGCAUGUCGUAUGCAGACAGGCUAAAAGAACUGAAUUGGGUACCUUAGUGCUGCAGGCACACAGUGUGCUCCCCGCAGGUCUCCUUCCAGGUCAGCCUGAAGCAGUGGCAGGUGCAGUGAUUGUUUGUGUGUUGAGGCAAAAUUGUGUCAGACAGGCUCAGAAAAGACUGACGACUUUUAUAUAUUUGGGAACUUCUCCUACUCCUCUCUAUUUCUCUGCCUACGUUGAAAUCAAGUGGGCACUCCAUAUGUCUCCAUACUCCACACAUACACCUGAUUUUGGCGCGCUAACUGUCCGCAAAAGUGUUUUGCGAUUGCCUUAGGGGUUUGCUAGAGUUGCUAAUAGGGCCCAAGGUGUUGUUUAUUCAGUAUGGUUCAGUUUAGGAUUUAUAACUGAAUCAAAUCACAAAACUGAAGGGCUGGGAAAAUUCAAUCACACAUUGUAAGACAGUGACCCUUGGUCUUGGUUUAUUUCACUAUAGAAGAUUCCCAUGGUAAAUAUGUAAAGUCAUUUAGCAGUUUGGUAAUCCUAUGCAUUUACCAUAGUUUACAAUGGUUUAUAUUUUAACAUGCUUUACCGUGUCUCUUUGUGCUUUACGAUGCAUCCCUGUGCAUUACCAUGCUUUCGUGUUUAUCCCAUGAUCAUCUACAGCUAGUGUUAUCAGAGGACACCCCACCGCAAACCCCAACCACCGAGAAACAGCUCCAGUAAUUAUCAAUAGAAACCUCAGCGCUCCCCCCGGGGUGCAUGUCUACAUACCUGACAGACUCAAUUACUCCUACUACCUGAUCAGACAGCUGCAUCUUCCUCAUUCAUUGCUAAUUAGUCUGUUUUUAUAAGUGAUGGUUUUAACUGGCUUUGAACCAAACCCAGCCCCAGAGGCAGUGAAUCCACAGUGCAUAUGUUUACACACACUUAGAAUUUACUGCAUAAUGCAGUCCCUGGUAAAGCAUAUUUAAAACAAACCAUGGUGAACUAUAGUCAAUGCAUUAUAACCAUGUGAAAAGAAGAGGAAAACUGCAAAAUGACUCUGCAGAUGUACCCUGGUAAACUGCUGGGCGUGGCUUGCCAGGUGUGUAUGUAUCCCUCUGUGGUGUGAACAUGUCAACAUGACUUCAGCACUUCAGGUCCCACGACACAGAAACAGUGCUAUUGUUUAUUUACAAGAGGAAACAUUUGGCCACUUGGUUUGAAACAAUCAACCCUGUGUGUGUGAAAGCUCCCUGGCACAUACAAGAAGAACAUUUACAUACGAGAGGAGGCCAUUCAGCCAUCACUGCUCAGAACUUUGUUGAAUCGGGUCUUAAAGGAUCCCAGUGAUUGAGCGUCAACACCAUGGCUGGGUAACCAUGGUAACACUUGGAAGCGUAUUCCAAGCCCUCAGCACUCUGAGUGUAAAGAAGUGUCUCCUCCCCUCUGUCUCCACUCUGAACGGUGUGCCUCAGGGUAACGCUGUCUCUGUUGUUGUUUGUGUAAAGUUGCAAUGGGUUGUGGUCGACAGGCCUGUAGAAACAAACCAAGUCCUCACAACAAGGCAGAGCGCAGAGCUGUGAGGAAGCCCAGCUCGUGAUCUCAGACUGCCGGAAUGCAGGCUCAUCAGCGAGAGAUGAAAGCAGCUGAUUGAAGAUGAAGACCGUGUUGGUGCUAGUGCUCGUGUGUCUGUUGGACAGCGCUCUCCCUGCCUCUAUCCUGAAAAAGGAUAUAUUAAAGCAGAGAAAGGUCAGAUCGGUAGCUGAGCUGCAGACACCCCUUACAGAGUCCACUUCCACCUUUGUACCCCAGACACAGAGCAGUGCAGCCCCAAACCUGAACCCAAACCUAGGGGAGGCAGUACCAGGGCCCUUCUACCCUCCUCUCCCUGCCCUGUCCAGCCCCUUCACCCACAACGAGCCAUCCCCUCCAAGCACCGAUCCCUACAUAGUGCCCAUCUCUGGGCAAAUGCCCCCUUACCAAAACGGGGUCCCCCCACCCCCUUCCCCAUUCCCCAUGCCACCCAGCGGCUCACUCUACCCCCCAGUCUCCCAGUUCCCCCAGUACCCCCAGUUCUACUACCUCUACCCCGGCUCCCCGAACCUGGUCCCUCUUCCCUAUUUCCAGCAGGGCAUGUACCCCUAUCCCCCCCAGCACCCGGCAGCCUACAUCCCCGCCGGCAGGGGGGGCUUCCUCCUCAGACCGGCCGCAGUGCCCCCCUACCCGAGGCCCCCAGUGCAAUCCAACAGGGCUCCUUAUCUCUCUGGACCUCUGGGCUCUUGGUACCCCUCGCACCCGCCUUUCAAUCCUGCCCCCUCGGGGGCUGCCAGACCCCCGUUUCUGCCCUACUCCGGAGGCUUUGCCCCCCCUCAGUUCCUCGUGGCUCAGAGUGACGAGAGCGGCCACGAGGGAGACUCCAUUGAGGAGGUCCAGGGGGCGCAGCCAGUGAUGCAGGUGUGAAUUGUCUUUAAGCAGAGGAGUGAAUUCAGAUUGAUGUGUGGAGCAGAUAGUCAGUCUGUUGUGCCUGCCUGAUUUAACAGAGAAUAUUCUAACAGGCAGAAUAUCUAUUGCCUGUGAUGUCUGGUUUAUGGGAAAAUAUACACAUUCUUCACUUUCUGAAAUAAAAAAAAAAACACUGUCGCUUUGUUUUGUACAGAAUUUAUGUUCUGAGUUUUAAUUUAUAAAAAUAAAGCAAGUGUGUGGUCUUUCUUUCUCUUUUCUUUCUUUCUCCUCCUUUCUGCUUGUCUCCCUCUUCCUUUCUUUCUCUUUCUCUUUUGAGUGGGUGUGGUCUCAUCAUCUGGUAAUAGGCCCAUUGUCUAGCAUUGUGUUCUCUGAGCGCAGACCUUGUUGAGUUUCAGUUAGCUUACAUUUCAAGAAGUAGUAUCAGCAUUGGAGACAAGACCCUCCCCCUCUAAAUACUAUUAGCUUUUGAAUGACAGAAUCGUGUUUAUACGUGCCGUGGUUAGCUUUGUUUUCUACCCUCUUUGCUUACAGGCACAAUGCUGCAGUGGUGUAGCUGGGGUAGCUUCAUGGUUUAAACCACACACGUUAACUCAUUUCAUGUUGUUUGAUAAAACACAGUUACCCCACUGAAUGCGUACAAAACACUUAAACUCACAUUUAACCUUACAUUUAAAUCUCAGACACUUUCAAUGAAUUGCAUUAUAUUAAAAGAUGCAACGUGACUUGCAUUUAUUUCUCUUUUCUCAAAACAAAAUGCUGGCUGUGGUGUCAAUGCUAGAUGGAAGUUGCAAUAUGAAAUUCAGACACGGAUUUUUGUUACAAAUGUACCCUCUGCAAGAAUAAACUAAAGUAUGUAAUAUGUUUUAAGAAUUUA